AUGCAGCAGCUUGAUGUUACACCUGACGUUGUCGCCCGGCGCUGCCAUCUCCAAGUCACCGAGCAGGUGGACGGAGCAGCAGAUAUCGCCUGUCCUUAUGAACGCCUGCGGCCUGUAGUUGGAGACGAAAGGGUGUUUCCUUCCACCCUCUUCGGUAGUGAGCACGUAAAGGUCGGCAUCGAAUUCACUGUGGCAUUUGUACGUGCCGGGCUGGAUGAGCACGAACCCUCGCUCCACCUCGUCACGUUUCACACCCUUCAGCAGCACGCCGACUUGGUCUCCUGCGAUUCCUUCGCUGAGGCUCUUGCGGAACAUUUCGAGGCCCAUGCAGACGGUCUUUUUGCCCGACUUGGGUCCUCCGCAAACCUCGAUGGCGUCGCCACACCUGAUCUUACCCUGCUCCACACGGCCGGUCACGACCGUGCCCUUACCGGGGAUGGCCAGAACAUCGCUCUUGCGCUCUGGGGUCAGGAGGUAGGUGUCGCACGCCUGCAGGAGCUCCUGUAUGGGCUUGACGUCUGCCUCGGCGGUGCUGUUCAGCGCCUUCAUUGCGCUUCCCUUGAUGAUCGGAGUAGCGUCUCCAUCGUAUCCGUACUCACUGAGGAGCUCCCUGAUCUCCAGCUCGACCAGCUCCAAGAGCUCCGCGUCUUCCAGCAUGUCGAGCUUGUUCAGGAACACAACAAGUCGUGGCACUCCGAUCUGUUUGGCGAGCAGCACGUGCUCUUUGGUUUGGGGCAUUGGCCCAUCUACGCAGGAGACGACCAGGAUGGCGCCGUCCAUUUGUGCUGCGCCCGAAAUCAUGUUCUUCACGUAGUCUGCGUGGCCGGGGCAGUCCACGUGCCCGUAGUGCCUGUUUUGGGUUUCGUAUUCUACAUGCGUCGAGUUAAUGGUGAUUCCUCGCUUCCGCUCCUCUGGCGCGCGGUCUAUGGCUUCGUAAGGGGUGUAUUCUCCAUGGCCAUCCAUGGCGCAUACCUUGGUAAGGGCGGCCGUGAGCGUGGUUUUACCGUGAUCGACAUGUCCGAUGGUACCAAUGUUGAGGUGUUCCUUGUUUCUGACGAAGGUGCCCACGGCGAAGUAACGCCUUCCACUGGUGUUUGA